GCUUAUUCGAUCAUAUUUUCUCACGUGCUUAAAUCUGAAAUUUUUAAAACGAAAAACUAAAAAAUUUUCAUCAAGAAAAAAAAUUAAAAAUGGCCACAUCAACACCAGUCGUCAAUCCUUCAACAAUUUUACCAUUAGAACUGAUUGACAAAUGUAUCGGUUCAAGAAUUCAUAUAAUCAUGAAGAAUGAUAAAGAAAUUGUUGGCACAUUGUUGGGAUUCGAUGAUUUUGUCAAUAUGGUAUUGGAAGAUGUCACUGAAUACGAAAAUACUCUUGAAGGAAGACGUGUCACUAAAUUGGAUCAAAUAUUAUUGAAUGGCGUCAAUAUUUGUAUGAUGGUUCCUGGUGGUGAAAUGCCCGAUGCUUGAAAAUUCAAUUUCCUCAUUUUUUAUUUGUUUCAUCAUAACAUUGCUCAUCAAAUGAUAAAUACAUUUACUAA